AUGCGGUGUCGCAGGGCUAGGGCCGACGUCACACCCGAUCAUCCGGCGGACUCAGACUUUGUCAGGCGACUGAAGGGGGUGUUGGCGGCAGGCGACCAUGAGAGCGUGGAGGCGCUCCUCAAAGCUGCAGCGGGGGGGAACCCAGACGCCACGGUCGAGCUUUCAAACGACGACUGGAUGAAGGACCCCUCAGUGCAGCUGCCCCCGGCAGUGCUUCUGGCCAUGCCGAGCGGGGCGCAUGACGCCGUGGGGGACAGGGACGGGGGCGGGCGCAUGGAGGCUCGAGGCCGUGGCUCCGCCCAGAGGGCAGGGAGGGAGAGCAGGGAUCCCAGGGAGAGGAGCCGGAGCUCCUUCAGACAGCCCGGCAUGGCGUUCCCCUGCCCGCCCACCCUGGACGCUCUGCUGGCCCGCCACUGGAAGGACCUGCAGGACGGCUUCUCCGACCCCGAUGAGCUCAACAGGGUGCUGGAGUUCCAGAGCGAUGAGCUGCGCUGGACUUCCAAGAAGUGCGGUCUGUGGUCGCUGGAGUACAAGCGUGAGCUGACCAGUCCCCUGUGCAUCGCGGCGGCCCAGGGCUACACCGACUGCCUGCGGUACCUGCUGGAGCACGGGGCGCGGCCCAACCUGAGCGCGGGGGGCAAGACCGCCCUGCACGAGGCCUGCGAGAACAGCAACACAGAGUGUGUCGAGCUGCUGCUGGAGCACGGUGCCAGCCCCGCCCUGUUGAGUGAGGAUGGCUUCUCGCCCCUCCACCUGUGCAGGACGCCCCAGUCCCUCCGCUGUGCCAAGGCGCUGGUGCGCUACGGCGCGGCGGUGGACCUGCCGAGUGAGGAGGAGGGAGAGACGCCGCUGCAUGUGGCAGCCCGGCACGGGCUCCAGCAUCACGCCCAGCUCUAUCUGCGAUAUGGCGCCGAGGUGAACCGGCGCAGCGGCUCGGGGGAGACCCCGCUGGUGGCGGCCUGCGCGGGUGCCCAGCGGCCCGACGUUGAGGGCAGCUACGCAGAGCUGUGCCGCCUGCUGCUAGCGUACGGCGCCGACGUCCACCUGGUCGACGGCGAGCGCCGCAGCCCCCUCCACCGCGCCGCCCGCAACGUCCAGCACGGCCUAGUGCAGCUGCUGCUGGAGCACCGGGCCGACAUCAACGCCAUCGACUACAACGGUGCCACGCCACUGUCCAACGUCCUGCAGAACGCCGUGGUCAAAGCCGAGCACCAGCCCCACCUCAUUGUGCAGACGCUGCUCAACCACGGCUCCAUCAAGGUGUGGCCCCUGGCACUUCUCAAGGUGCUGUCUGCCUGCGCUGCGGCACCGAAAACAGUGGAGAUCCUGUUCAACUCCUACACCCAGGCCACAGUCACAUACAAGUGGAGGGACACCAUUCCAGAGGAGGUUGUGCAGAUGCACCAGCCCUUCUACGAGUCACUCUUCGCCUUGGAGUGCAGACCCCGCUGCCUGCAGCACCUGUGCCGGUCUGCACUCAGGAAGCGUUUCGGGAAAGACUGCCACCUGCUGAUUCCUCAGCUGCCCAUCCCGAAGCCCCUGCAGCAGUACCUUUUACUAGAGCCGGAGGGGUUCCUCUACUAG